GGGAGACCAGUCACAGGGGCUGAUUCCAUCGAGGCUUGUCGUUUUUGUUCCAUUGGUCAGAGAGUAGUAGGAGUUCAAAUUUUGUGUUCUUGUGUGUUGGAUUGUUCCGUGAUUUGUGGCAAACAGUUUUUUUUAAUAAUGGUGAGUAUUGUUUAUUCUCUACGUUUAGCACGGUCAGAUGUUGUACAGCCCUUAAAACGCGCUGUUUAUUUUAGCUGCAAUGGGGGAAAAUCGUGCAUGAGCAACAGAACAGCAGGUCAAUACUCUGUGUGUUUUUUUUUUUUUUAUAGUCUUUGGACUAGGAUAUAUUUAUUAAUAGUGUUAGGAAGAAAAGGGUUGGUUAAGACAGUUGGAAUUAUUAGUCAGGAAUGGAUUAUUAUUAUUAUUAUUAUUAUUAUUAUUAUUAUUAUUAUUUUUCUUUUUGGUCGGGGGCGAGAUCAUUUAAAGAAAUGAUAUGGUUAGAUUUUAGAUAUGGUUAAUGAGAAAAGUGUGGGUAAUCGAGAUGAUUGAAAUGAUUGGGCCUGCUGCAGAAAAGUCCGGCCGAGUUAAAAACAGAAGUUAUGAAACCAUAGGGAAACAAUUCGUGACCAUUGUCACCUGACAAAUGAACCAUAGACAUUUGGUCGUUGGUGGACCAGUUGCAUUCUCCCGCGUACGGUAGUUAUUCCCAGGAUAAUGGAGGUUCCCCUGUAUUCACUGCAUGAAGAAAUUAAAUCUUAGGCUGAUGUUACAAUCAAAUUAUAUUUAUGAUGAAAUAAAAAUUUAUACCGUUUCAGGAUUUAUUUUAUAAAUAAAAAAAAAAAAAAAAUCCAAAUUUAAAAAAAAUAAGUUUAAAAAAUUGUCUUUUAUAAGCUAACUGCACAAACUGGAGCUGUAGGUCUUUCUCAUAAGCUUACAGCAAAACCGGAGGUAUAGGUCUUUUUGAUAAGCUAACAGCAAUAGCUGCAAGUGUAGAUCUUUCUCAAAGAUGAUAGAAUAAUUUAUUUAUUGUGUUGGUGUACAGGGUGUUGGUGUACAAGGUGUUGGCGUGCAGGUGUUGGUGUACAGGGUGUUGGUAUACAGGGUGUUGGUGUACAAGGUGUUGGUGUACAUGGUGUUGGUGUACAUGGUGUUGGUGUACAGGGUGUUGGUGUACAGGGUGUUGGUGUGCAGGGUGUUGGUGUACAAGGUGUUGGUGCACAGGGUGUUGGUGUGUAGGUGUUGGUGUAUAGGGUGUAGGUGUACAGGGUGUUGGUGUACAGGGUGUUGGUGUACAGGGUGUUGGUGUGCAGGGUUUUGGUGUACAGGGUGUUGGUGUAUAGGGUGUAGGUGCACAGGGUGUUCGUGUAUAGGGUGUUGGUGUAUAAGGUGUUUUGGUGUAUAGGGUGAUGGUGUAUAGGGUGUUGGUGUGUAGGGUGUUUGUGUGUAGGGUUUUGGUGUGUAGGGUGCUGGCGUGUAGGAUGUUGGUGUGUAGGGUGUUGGUGUGUAAGGUGUUGGUGUACAGAGUGUUGGUGUAUAUUGUGUUGGUUAAUAGGGUGUUGGUGUACACAGUGUUGGUGUAUGGGGUGUUGGUGAAUAGGGUGUUGAUGUAGAGGGUGUUCAUUUCUGGUGUGUAUGUGUACAGGGUGUUGAUGUAGUUUGGUAUUUUUGGUAGCUGAGCCGCAAGUCAUGGAAUGUUUAGGCAUUGAAGGAGGUGAUGUGCUACUGUCUCAUUUAAUUUUGUCUAUGAAGUAAAGUAAUGCUGUUUUAAAUUCUAACACCCUGAACCAUUGUCACUAAAAGAAGUUCUUUUUUAAGUAAUUAUUUAAAGUUAAGGCUGGUUAGAAGAGGUCAGUUUAGUGGUGGGCAUCGUACAGAGAAGGAAGGUGUGUGAGAUUUGUGGGAGGACGACAGAGGGAGAGAGAGGGAGAGAGACGGAGAUAGGAAGAGAGAGGGAGAGAGAGGGAGAGACGGAGAUAGGUAGAGAGAGAAAUGAUGAGAGAAAGAUAGAGGAAGAGAAAGCGAAAGAGAGAGAGAGAGAGAGAGGGAGAGAGAAUGAGAUAGAGGAGGUCAAAAUAGUGUGCGAUAGUACAUAAUGUUCAAAGAGAUGGAGAGCUGGGGUGGGGUCGGAGAGUUAGAAUAGAGAGUAAAUGCUAAUCGUAUAAUCACAGGAUAAGAAGGGAGGUUUCAGUAGACUGGAAGAAUUCGCUGAUAAACAACUGGCGUAGGAAGGGUGGGGUGAUAGAAGGUUGGGGCGAAGGACGGCGAAGGCGUAGGACAAGUGGGGCGUAGGACAAGUGGGGCGUAGGACAAGUGGGGCGUAGGAAAAGUGGGGCGUAGGAAGGGUCGUGCUGCUCGCCCGUUGCGGCACUUUUGUUCAACAUAUUGAGGGGCGGAUUUCUCGACAAGAUGCAGAUAUUCUUCAUGAGGGCGGGAGCGGGGAAAAUCACGCCCCGUCCCAGUUGGCACCAACUAUAGUUACGCCGCCGAGAAACAAAUGUUAGCGCAGAUGUAGAUGGGUGUCUACUUGGAUAGAGCGUUAACUGUGGACAAUCUCAUUAGCAUGCUUUGCAAGGCGAUUUUUCUGGAGCUGUGCAGAAUGUCAUAUCAGACCUUUCUUAACGUUUGAUGCAACAAAGAGGCUGAUGUCUGCAUUCUUGCUUUCACGCAUGGACUACUGCAAUGCUCUCAUAGUGGGUCUUCCAGCUACGCUCCUGGAUAAAAUUUAAAAAAGCACAGAAUAAUGUAGCUCGCAUUGUUCUUCGCUAACGCAAAUUCGACCAUGCUAAAACACUUGUGAGAGAGUUGCAUUGGCUGCCGGUCCGCGCUCGCAUAGAGUAAAAAAUUGCAACUCUGUGCGACUGCUGCUUGCAUGACCUGGCACCGUCCUAUCUUUAAACACUCAUGACGACUUAUGUACCCACUAGACAACUCCGCUCAUCCGAUAGGGGCAAACUCUCCAUACCACGUGUUCGUCUUGAGACUUACGGAAGGCGCACUUUCGCAUUUGCUGGCCCAACAAUUAGGAACACACUUCCUGACGCUCGCAGAAACAGCCAGAUACUGGAGUCUUUCAAAACCGAAUUGAAAACACAUCUAUUUCGCAAAAACCUGCUGGGGUGAUGUUGUCUACCAUCUUUUCCAGCUGGCUAUUUCUCCUAGAUGUAUAUUAACCUGUGAUGUUUAUGUUUGCAAGGGAUGAAAGACUUAGAAUGGGUAUUCUCGUAUGUAUUUUGUGUAAUUUUGCGUCUAUUAUUUCAAUGCAUAGAUUUGUUCAUUUCACUUUUAACAUGGUUGACUUUUUACCGCGCGCGCAUCGAGCCUUUGGGGAUGAAGAGUGAUUUUCUAAUAAACUUUAUUAUUAUUAUAAUUAUUAUGUAGCAUUUCUAGGGAACAUUUCAAAUGUUAAAAUAGAGGUAAAGAAACACACACGAAUGAUAUACAAAGGGGUUAACAAAGAGAAAAGAACCGAUGUAGUUUUAUUAGUAAUUCACCCCUAUCUCUCCCCCCCCCCCUUUCUGUCACUCUCCCAACAAAGCCAAGUAAGUUUCAAUUGAACAAAAAUUUGACGUCCAGAAGGCGCUGUUGAACUCAUAUCUCCAACGCACGUACCUGGUUUCUUGAGAGAGCUGAAUUAUGCUAAUGAGUAUUGAUAAACGUCAUCCCCUGGCCGACUUAAGGUUCACUUUGACUGAUGGUCGUCAGCGGCGGAAACUUAAUGACGAAUGGGGCGCAAAGAUGAAAGAGCUCCGCUCGAUCUCUACCCACGUGCCCAACCCCGAAAACAACAGCGACAACAACAACAACAAAAGCAACAACUACGAAUCAGAAAUAGACAACAACCUUACAGAGGUUGAUUUUUUAAGCAAAAAUAACAAGUACAGUAACAUGGCAUGGGGUCGAGAUGACAUGACAGGAUUAACAAUAACGGAUCUGGCAACCGUUUGACAUCAAGUCGCAGUAACAUGGCAUGGAGUCGAGAUGACAUGACAGGAUUAACAAUAACGGAUCUGGCAACCGUUUGACAUCAAGUCGCAGUAACAUGGCAUGGAGUCGAGAUGACAUGACAGGAUUAACAAUAACGGAUCUGGCAACCGUUUGACAUCAAGUCGCAGUAACAUGGCAUGGAGUCGAGAUGACAUGACAGGAUUAACAAUAACGGAUCUGGCAACCGUUUGACAUCAAGUCGCAGUAACAUGGCAUGGAGUCGAGAUGACAUGACAGGAUUAACAAUAACGGAUCUGGCAACCGUUUGACAUCAAGUCGCAGUAACAUGGCAUGGGGUCGAGAUGACAUGACAGGAGUAACAAUAACGGAUCUGGCAACCGUUUGACAUCAAGUCGCAGUAACAUGGCAUGGAGUCGAGAUGACAUGACAGGAUUAACAAUAACGGAUCUGGCAACCGUUUGACAUCAAGUCGCAGUAACAUGGCAUGGGGUCGAGAUGACAUGACAGGAUUAACAAUAACGGAUCUGGCAACCGUUUGACAUCAAGUCGCAGUAACAUGGCAUGGGGUCGAGAUGACAUGCCUAACAAUAACGGAUCUUGGAACCGUUUGACAUCAAGUCGCCCCGACCAUGUCACGACAGGGGCAUUCUUAUCGUGCGAAUGGAUUUGUGAAGAAAGUAGUGCCGGGUAGGGGAAAUGGCAUUUGUGUGUGUGUGUGUGUGUGUGUGAGGGGAAAGAAAGGGGUCAACAGAAAGGAAAGAUUGAAAGUGGGAUUGUGUGGAAUUCGGUGGCGGGCUGUCAUUUUAUUUUAAUUAACUUGAUUUACGAUAUUUACAUAAACGAAUAUGUGACAAAGGACAUAGGUCCACGUAAAGUUAUCGACAGAGAGCGCUGAGUCUGCUAGCACGUGCACAUUUCAGUUACGUCAUUGGCCUGAGAGGAUGAAAAAAAAUAUAUGGAGCUACAGUUAUAUGGAUUGAAGUUAUGCAAAUCGUAUGAACUACGUGGCGUGUACGUUUCUAUUUAAGAUUGAUGUGUUGAGGUGUUACCCGUGGAUUUUAUUUUGUGGAAAGAAAAAAACCAAACAAGUUCCAAUCAAUCUAUUUAAGCUGAAACUAUCGAUUUAAUCAUUGAUUAGAUCUGCCAUUUUUAGUUUUAUAUCAGGUAUAAUGCUUAAUUCAGUGUCAUGAGUUAUGUCACUGUACAGUCUGGUCAAACUUCAUACAAUGUCAUAGUUUAUGUUACUGUACAGUCUGGUAUAAAUUCAUAAAGUGUCAUGGUUUAUGUUACUAUCGAGCUUGGUAUAACUUUAUAAAGUAUCAUAGUUUAUGUUAAUAUGUACAGUCUGGUAUAACUUCAUAAAGUGUCAUAGUUUAUGUUACUGUAAGUCUGUUAUUCUGUAUAAGUUCAUAAAGUGUCAUAGUUUGUGUUACUGUACAGAUCUGGUAUAACUUCAUGAAGUGUCAUAGUUCAUGUUACUGUACAGAUCUGGUAUAACUUCAUAAAGUGUCAUAGUUCAUGUUACUGUACAGAUCUGGUAUACCUUCAUAAAGUGUCAUUGUUUAUGUUACUGUACAAAUCCGGUAUAACUUCAUUGUAUGUGAGAUUAAAGACUUCCCUGUGUUGUGAAUGACGUAUGAACAAAUCAAUGAGACCCUUAAAAAAUUGCACGUCAAUUAAAGCACUUGCCCUAACACGAGACCGAAGGGCCAAAUAUGGUCCUUAAGUUCUUAGAUCAGGGAUCCUCACAAUUUUUAACAAGGGUUUGGCGCAGGGUCAUCAGACAUUUACGGGGGCUGGAUCAGUGUCUCUAAGACACUAUCUGAGGACAGACUACAGUUUUUAAAAAAAAAUGAAUUCUAUGCCCAUUGCACAUAACUCAAUUAUAUGAUCAUCACACAUAUCUCAGUUCUAUGAUGAAUGCACAAUGUCAAUUCUAUGAUCAGUGCACAUAUCUCAAUUAUAUGAUCAAAACACAUAUUUCAAUUCUAUGAUCAAUGUAUAUAUUUCACUUGUAGUAAAAAAAAGAAAGAAAAGAAAACCCGAAAUAAUUGUAAAACAAUAGUAACAUAUUUAAUAUGAAAACAAAUAUCUCACAUAAACUUAAUAGUAUUUCCAAGGGAUAUAUGACUAAUGAGGUGAUCAAUGUCGGAUUCUAUAUUUAUCGCUGCUAGCCAGGCGCUCUUACGGUGGCUAGGCCAGUCGGAAAAAAAAAUGACUACUGGCAGGCCGGAUCUGUCCCGCAGGCCGUAGUUAGAGGACACUUGUUAUAAAUCAUUGAAUAAUUAUCAAUUUUUGGGCGGGAAGAACCACGAGGGAUGUCCAUGAGUUAUGCACAUGAUGUGUGGUCAUCAGAUGUGUACAUGAGGCUUGUAAACGGGGUGUGUACAUGAGGUGUGUACAUUAGUUGUGUAUCUGAGGUGUGCACAUGCUGUGUAUACACGAAAGUGUGUAGAUCAGGUGUGUACAAGAGGUUUCUAAGCAAGUUGUGCAUAUGAGGUGUGUACGUGGAGGCUGUCUUCAUCAGUUGUGUACACGAUCUGUGUGAAUGAGGUGUGUACAUGAGGUUUUUACCUGAUGCGUGUUGAUGAGGUGUGUGCAUUGAGUUGUGUACAUGAGUUGUUUAUAUGACGUGAAUACAUUAGGUGUGUGCGUCAUGCGUCCACAUUGCUCUGCUGGUAGGGAUAUUCAAUGUCUGAUUCAAAGUUACACCUUUAUGAUGCUAGGGCGUCAUUACUAGAACAUCAAUUUGAGUAAUUUAAGUCAUAAUAAGAAUUAAAUUAAUAAAAAUUUUCCUUGAAUAUUACACAUCAUGCUCCCAUCACUCAUUUUUGAAGAAAGUGUGGAUGUACAAAGAAAAUUGUGAGAAUUCCUCAUUUAGCUAUUUGAAAAGAGCCGUUAAAAACUAUCUUUGUUAAAGUAUAGCCUUGGAUAGCGCAAAGCUCCCCCCCCCCCCACUUCAUCGUAGUUAUUUUUAGCCACCACUUGUCUCGUUAGUCUCGUUUUGAUAUUGACGUCACCUAGUAAAUGUGCUUGCUCGCCCCCUUUCUUGAAAAGGGAAAAGGUUGUUUACAUUCGAAUGCGUUCUUUUUAUUUUAAAGAAUGCCAUUAGGUGAAGCAUGUCUAGACUUUCUGUAUUAGAACAUGCUCUAUUAGUUUCUAUAUAAAGGCUGCGAGCUUUCUUAGUAGAUAAACAGAGCGAGCCAUAUAUGGAGUGCCAGGGAUAAUUUUGUUCCUUACAGGAGACAUUAUAUAACUGCUUGCGUGUAAAUCAAUAGAUUCUACUUGUAUUGUGUUACUUGCUGUAAGUUGAUACAGUUUCUUUGCGCCUGUGCACAAAGUUGAACUUUUUAUAUGAAUGCGCUCAAAUGAUUACAUUAAAUACAGUAGUAUCACUAGCUUUGAUGUGUAGCUCAGUUUUCUUGCUGCAAAAUAUGGUUUUAAAAAAUAAACAUUACCCUGACAACGAUAAUAUAACAGGUUUGUGCUUCGAGUAGUGUUGACCAAAGGGACAUAAACCAGGCGUAUCUGUCCGGGCGCGAGUAAUUAGAACCUCGAUAUUGGACGUGCGAUGACAGGUCGAUGGAUAAUUUUUAGCCCUAAAGUUCACUGGCUGAUCCGACUUGGAGCAGGACAAUUUUAAUUCAGUGAUUUGUCAAUGCAUCUAAAACUGAAAGAACCUAAAAGAUAUGAUUACAAAAAGUGACAUAUUAACAUUUUAAAACAUGUUUUUUUCCCUAAUCCUUGUUAAAAUGUCACAUUUAGAGUGUACAAUAUCAAGGGUUUUUAAAUGCCCAAUAAAGAAUACCGGGGUCACUAUGCCGGGGUCACUAUGACGGGGUCAUUAUGCCGGGGUCACAUCGCUGUGUAGGCAGAGACUGAUGCAAAGUCCAUAGGAAUAUAUUAACUAUUCUGAAAAUAUAAUCUAAGUACGUCAUUUCCUCCACAAGGUUUCGUUUCAAAUUUACUUAUGAUCAGUAUUUACUGAGUCUUUACUCAACAUGUUAAUAAGGAGCCGUAAUUGUUGCUAAGACUGCCAUGGAUGCUCAUCGAAAAUAAACGAUAACGUCUAAUUUAGAAAAUCAUUGAAGGGUAUUGUACUAAAUUUUAGAACUUUUACCACAUAGAAACGUAUUGGGGAGGAUAUUAAUAAAAUUAUUAUUAAUAUAUGCGGAUUAUGUGUACUGAAAUAAACUUUCAAUUUUUUUUCAUAUAUAGUACUUGCUAAAUAAAUUCUUGUUUUAACUACGUAGAGUCUGACGUCACUAAUCGGCAGAGAUUUGGCAGCUUUUACAUGGUGUAACAUUGGCCAUAGGAGAAAAGCAAAGUUUAACAUUGACCAUAGGAGAAAAUCAAAAUGUAACAUUGACCAUAGGAUAAAAGCAAGGUGUAACAUUGGCCAUAUGAGAAAUGCAAAAUGUAACAUUGGCCAUAGGAGAAAAGCAAGGUGUAACAUUGGUCAUAGGAGAAAAGCAAGGUGUAACAUUGAACAUAGGAGAAAAGCAAAGUGUAACAUUGAACAUAGGAGAAAAGCAAAGUGUAACAUUGGCAAUAGGAGAAAAGCAAAGUGUAACAUUGGCCAUAGUAGAAAAGCAAAGUGUAACAUUGGCCAUAGUAGAAAAGCAAAGUGUAACAUUGGCCAUAGUAGAAAAGCAAAGUGUAACAUUGGCAAUAGGAGAAAAGCAAAGUGUAACAUUGGCAAUAGGAGAAAAGCAAAGUGUAACAUUGACCCUCGGAGAAAAGCAAAGUGUAACAUAGACAAUAGGAGAAAAGCAAAGUGUAACAUAGACAAUAGGAGAAAAGCAAAGUGUAACAUGGACCACAGGAGAAAAGCAGAGUGUAACAUGGACCACAGGAGAAAAGCAGAGUGUAACAUGGACCACAGGAGAAAAAAAGUGUAACAUGGACCACAGGAGAAAAGCAGAGUGUAACAUGGACCACAGGAGAAAAAAAGUGUAACAUGGACCACAGGAGAAAAGCAAAGUGUAACAUGGACCACAGGAGAAAAGCAAAGUGUAACAUGGACCACAGGAGAAAAAAAGUGUAACAUGGACCACAGGAGAAAAGCAGAGUGUAACAUGGACCACAGGAGAAAAGCAGAGUGUAACAUGGACCACAGGAGAAAAGCAAAGUGUAACAUGGACCACAGGAGAAAAGCAGAGUGUAACAUGGACCACAGGAGAAAAGCAGAGUGUAACAUGGACCACAGGAGAAAAGCAGAGUGUAACAUGGACCACAGGAGAAAAGCAGAGUGUAACAUGGACCACAGGAGAAAAGCAGAGUGUAACAUGGACCACAGGAGAAAAGCAGAGUGUAACAUGGACCACAGGAGAAAAGCAGAGUGUAACAUGGACCACAGGAGAAAAGCAGAGUGUAACAUGGACCACAGGAGAAAAGCAGAGUGUAACAUGGACCACAGGAGAAAAGCAGAGUGUAACAUGGACCACAGGAGAAAAGCAGAGUGUAACAUGGACCACAGGAGAAAAGCAGAGUGUAACAUGGACCACAGGAGAAAAGCAGAGUGUAACAUGGACCACAGGAGAAAAGCAGAGUGUAACAUGGACCACAGGAGAAAAGCAGAGUGUAACAUGGACCACAGGAGAAAAGCAGAGUGUAACAUGGACCACAGGAGAAAAGCAGAGUGUAACAUGGACCACAGGAGAAAAGCAGAGUGUAACAUGGACCACAGGAGAAAAGCAGAGUGUAACAUGGACCACAGGAGAAAAGCAGAGUGUAACAUGGACCACAGGAGAAAAGCAGAGUGUAACAUGGACCACAGGAGAAAAGCAGAGUGUAACAUGGACCACAGGAGAAAAGCAAAGUGUAACAUGGACCACAGGAGAAAAGCAAAGUGUAACAUGGACCACAGGAGAAAAGCAAAGUGUAACAUGGACCACAGGAGAAAAGCAAAGUGUAACAUGGACCACAGGAGAAAAGCAAAGUGUAACAUGGACCACAGGAGAAAAGCAAAGUGUAACAUGGACCACAGGAGAAAAGCAAAGUGUAACAUGGACCACAGGAGAAAAGCAAAGUGUAACAUGGACCACAGGAGAAAAGCAAAGUGUAACAUGGACCACAGGAGAAAAGCAAAGUGUAACAUGGACCACAGGAGAAAAGCAAAGUGUAACAUGGACCACAGGAGAAAAGCAAAGUGUAACAUGGACCACAGGAGAAAAGCAAAGUGUAACAUGGACCACAGGAGAAAAGCAAAGUGUAACAUGGACCACAGGAGAAAAGCAGAGUGUAACAUGGACCACAGGAGAAAAGCAGAGUGUAACAUGGACCACAGGAGAAAAGCAAAGUGUAACAUGGACCACAGGAGAAAAGCAAAGUGUAACAUGGACCACAGGAGAAAAGCAAAGUGUAACAUGGACCACAGGAGAAAAGCAAAGUGUAACAUGGACCACAGGAGAAAAGCAAAGUGUAACAUGGACCACAGGAGAAAAGCAAAGUGUAACAUGGACCACAGGAGAAAAGCAAAGUGUAACAUGGACCACAGGAGAAAAGCAAAGUGUAACAUGGACCACAGGAGAAAAGCAAAGUGUAACAUGGACCACAGGAGAAAAGCAAAGUGUAACAUGGACCACAGGAGAAAAGCAAAGUGUAACAUGGACCACAGGAGAAAAGCAAAGUGUAACAUGGACCACAGGAGAAAAGCAAAGUGUAACAUGGACCACAGGAGAAAAGCAGAGUGUAACAUGGACCACAGGAGAAAAGCAGAGUGUAACAUGGACCACAGGAGAAAAGCAGAGUGUAACAUGGACCACAGGAGAAAAGCAGAGUGUAACAUUGGCCAUAGUAGAAAAGCAUGGUGUAAAAUUGACAUAGGAGAAAAGCAAAGUGUAACAUAGACCAUAGGAGAAAAGCAAACUGUAACAUUGACCAUAGAUGUUCAUAAGAGAAAAGGUUCUCCAACAUCUAAGUACGUCAUUUGUUUAGGGCAGUGUGGGGCAUUAGCCACGCACCCCCUCCCCUCCCAAUUGGCAGGUUUUAUGUAAAUUGCGUUGUUUUGUUGCGCUUCCCACUUAACCAGCCGCCAAAUUUUUCGUUUCCCCCCCCCCCCCCCCACACACACACACACUGAAAUGAUGCCCUUGUCCACAUCCUCAUAAUCUCACCUCCAAAUCGUUUUCAUUUGAAACUAUAUCGAUUACAAGAGUUGCCGGAUUAAAGGAUUUAAUAAGAGUAAUUCGAUAUUUGCGUUAGCAGGCCGCGUCUGUCUGUUAGCAGGCUGUGUCUGUUACCAGGCCGCGUGUCUGUUACCAGGCUGUCUGACUGUUACCAGGCUGUGUCUGUCUGUUAGCAGGUCAUGUCUGUCUGUUAGCAGGUCAUGUCUGUCUGUUAGCAGGCUGCGUCUGUUAGCAGGCCGAGUCUGUCUGUUACCAGAAGGUGUCUGUCUGCUACCAGGCUGUGUUUGUCUGUUAGCAGGCUGCUUCUGUCACAAGGCCAUGUCUGUCUGUUACCAAGCUGUGUCUGUCUUUCUCAAGUGUGCGCUCAAGGCUGUCGUGUCGACUCUGUUCUUGACAGAGUUGGUAUCUGGAGGUUGAGGGCGGGGGUGUUACAAGAGGAGGGGACUGCACACAAGAAUACGCGCGCCCCACCCCAUGUAUUCGUUAGAGCAUUGCAACUGUUCUUAUAUAAUAAUAACUGGUUCUACUGUAUACUUCUGCACAAUAUUGGGUUUCGAUAGUUUAAAAAGUGUCCUUUUCCAUUGUGGAUUGGCGAUGACAUGAAAAACGCAUGUCAAAGUCAUGUUCGACAUUUCCAAAAAUUUGACGCAAGAACCCCCAAACUACUCACCGUGACAUUCACUCAGAGCCGACUUUACAUGCUUCAGCGCCUUCAAAAACAUCAUUCCCAUUGAAUAGUUAAUUUUUAAACAUUACACAUCCUAACAUCUUUUCAAUACUUGCACUAGAUUAUAUAUUGAAAUUCCAAUCUACGCUGCUACAUCAUUUUAUAUGGUCUUCUCAAAACAACACUGAACCAUUAGCUACUAUAUUUGGUUGCUAGUUCUUCGACCACGGUCACAGACAUAAUAAGUCUUAACGUUCUGAAAACGUUAAUCUAAAAUGUACACACGAGGAUAGAGAGAAAGUUGUUAGACAAUGGUGUGUGUGUGUGUCUUUGUGUGGAAAAAGUUGACAUUUAAGUGAGUCCGUAGAUCAUAAUUUGAGCAAGAACGUGUCCCGGGUCAUGAAACAACCACGCAUAGAACUGCAUUUAGUAAAAGCUACUCCACCGCCUUCAGUUGUACGUUGUUGGGUGUAUUCCUGGCUGUCGGGUUUGAUACUAAGACCCAAAUGGUUAUCGUCACAUGCUUGGUUAUCAUCACAUGCUUGGUUAUCAUCACAUGCUUGGUUAUCAUCACAUGCUUGGUUAUCAUCACAUGCUUGGUUAUCAUCACAUGCUUGGUUAUCAUCACAUGCUUGGUUAUCGUCACAUGCUUGGUUAUCGUCACAUGCUUGGUUAUCGUCACAUGCUUGGUUAUCAUCACAUGCUUGGUUAUCGUCACAUGCUUGGUUAUCGUCACAUGCUUGGUUAUCAUCACAUGCUUGGUUAUCAUCACAUGCUUGGUUAUCGUCACAUGCUUGGUUAUCGUCACAUGCUUGGUUAUCGUCACAUGCUUGGUUAUCAUCACAUGCUUGGUUAUCAUCACAUGCUUGGUUAUCAUCACAUGCUUGGUUAUCGUCACAUGCUUGGUUAUCGUNUUGGCACUAAACCUGUUUAGUUUUUCUACCAUUGGCACUAAACCUGUUUAGUUUUUCUACCAUUGGCACUAAACCUGUUUAGUUUUUCUACCAUUGGCACUAAACCUGUUUAGUUUUUCUACCAUUGGCACUAAACCUGUUUAGUUUUUCUACCAUUGGCACUAAACCUGUUUAGUUUUUCUACCAUUGGCACUAAACCUGUUUAGUUUUUCUACCAUUGGCACUAAACCUGUUUAGUUUUUCUACCAUUGGCACUAAACCUGUUUAGUUUUUCUACCAUUGGCACUAAACCUGUUUAGUUUUUCUACCAUUGGCACUAAACCUGUUUAGUUUUUCUACCAUUGGCACUAAACCUGUUUAGUUUUUCUACCAUUGGCACUAAACCUGUUUAGUUUUUCUACCAUUGGCACUAAACCUGUUUAGUUUUUCUACCAUUGGCACUAAACCUGUUUAGUUUUUCUACCAUUGGCACUAAACCUGUUUAGUUUUUCUACCAUUGGCACUAAACCUGUUUAGUUUUUCUACCAUUGGCACUAAACCUGUUUAGUUUUUCUACCAUUGGCACUAAACCUGUUUAGUUUUUCUACCAUUGGCACUAAACCUGUUUAGUUUUUCUACCAUUGGCACUAAACCUGUUUAGUUUUUCUACCAUUGGCACUAAACCUGUUUAGUUUUUCUACCAUUGGCACUAAACCUGUUUAGUUUUUCUACCAUUGGCACUAAACCUGUUUAGUUUUUCUACCAUUGGCACUAAACCUGUUUAGUUUUUCUACCAUUGGCACUAAACCUGUUUAGUUUUUCUACCAUUGGCACUAAACCUGUUUAGUUUUUCUACCAUUGGCACUAAACCUGUUUAGUUUUUCUACCAUUGGCACUAAACCUGUUUAGUUUUUCUACCAUUGGCACUAAACCUGUUUAGUUUUUCUACCAUUGGCACUAAACCUGUUUAGUUUUUCUACCAUUGGCACUAGACCUGUUUAGUUUUUCUACCAUUGGCACUAAACCUGUUUAGUUUUUCUACCAUUGGCACUAAACCUGUUUAAUUUUUUUUCCAUUAAAUUCCGUUUCAAAAGGAAUUCUGUUCUUUCAUUCAUGAAUAGACGUUUGAUAAAAACGUACGCAGCUCUAAUCGUAAGAGAUUAUAAGCUUUGAAGCAUUAAAAGAAGGUUUGAGACAAACCAUUGACACAGUUGCUAAUCGCUGUUUUCAGUUAGCAAAGGAACUAAUCUAGGGUGUAGGGAGAGAUUUAAUGCACACACACACUGAGGCUAUGCAGGUUGCUAAGGACGCUUUUUUGUUGUUUGUGGUGAUCUACAAGGCGUUUUUAUGAUAACACCUUUCUAUAGAAUCGGUGACUGCCUUGUGUUUUGUUUUUUUAUUACGGCUCUGUAAGGGGUGGUGGGUGACGGUGGGGGUACUUGUAUACGUGUGUACGUGUGUACGUGCGUGGUGAUGGGGCUAAGGGGGUGGCGGUCGCUGCACCAGGCGAGACGGGUUCUUGGGUGAAGGUGGAGCCGCCUUUGUUUAAGUUUUGAACACAAAAUUAAAGGUUAAUGGAAAAUAGAGCUGUGUGUUGAAUCAGCACUGAGGCGUUGCGUGAGGGGGUUGGUUUAUUUCAAUUCAGCAAACUGUAGGUUAGUUUAUGAAAGAGGUAUACACAUUUAUAAGAUCUCUCAAAUCAAGGAUUCUAAAACUUUUGAAAGGAAUCAGUGAUUCUAAAACAUUUGAGUGGGGCAGAGCGUCGAGACUGAAGGAAUUAUCCAAACUGGCGGCAUGGAAAUGCGCUAAAACGAUUUCUUGUUGUUGAUAAACUAUUUUAAAUUAUGUUUAAGCUCCCGUAGACCGGCGACUGAGUGGCCACGGACCUCUACCUGUCAAACACAGGUUACAUAACAAUUACUGUGAUCAGGGGCGUGUGAAUUGGUGGAGCGAGUUAAGAGGCGGCCGCCCGGGGCGCCAUUUUCAGGGAAGCGCCUAAACCGUCAAUGAUUAUGUCAAAAGUCCUUGAUCAUAUAUCAUCUAUUGACGAAACAAGGGCAGUGGAGGGGAAGCCAAUUUCAGCCUCCACCCUGCGCAGGUUUCCCUUACCCCGCCCAUGACUUUGAUUUAUUUUUCUCUUCCCCUCUCUCCCCCCCCCCCAAAUGCAUUGUUUGGAUGGAUAAAAAAUAUGAACACUUUUCCUUUCAUUCCAGGCAGACACAGAUUCAGAUCCUCAUGACGUCAAGGGAGAGGAGGCGGAGACAGAAGAGGAGGCAGAAAACAACGUGGAGGUUGGAGGUAAGAAAAUAGCAAGACAGACAGACCAUUACAGACAUUAUGUCAAUGUUCUUCUUAAUAAUUGCGUCAGACUUUCAACCCCAGCAGUCCACAAUCAAGGCCUAUCGUGUGCAGCAACCAACCCCACCCCCACAUUCACACUAAGGUACCGCCCACACUAAGGGAUCAAUGGUCUGGAGCACCCCCCCCCCUUCCCCCCUCCGAGCCGAUCCUUACCCCUGUCUGAUACACAUCUAUUUCGGUCCAUUUCUUGUCAGGGAUGNUCAAUGGUCUGGAGCACCCCCCACCCACACUAAGGGAUCAAUGGUCUGGAGCACCCCACACCCACACUAAGGGAUCAAUGGUCUGGAGCACACCCCCACCCACCCUAAGGGAUCAAUGUUCUGGAGCACCCCCCCCCCCGCCACACUAAGGGAUCAAUGGUCUGGAGCGCACCCCCACACGCAAGGCCCAUUGUCUGGAGCAACCCCUCCCACACACACACAAAAGAUUCAAUCGUCUGGAGCUACCUCCCACACACUCUGGGACCCAUCGUCUGAAGCACAUCCCACCACCCAAAACACUCAGGAAUCAAUCGUCUGAAGCUACCUCCCACACACUCUGGGACCCAUCGUCUGAAGCACAUCCCACCACCCAAAACACUCAGGAAUCAAUCGUCUGGAGCUACCUCCCACACACUCUGGGACCCAUCGUCUGAAGCACAUCCCUCCCCUCCACACACUCAGGAAUCAAUCGUCUGGAGCAAACCCAUCCCCCACAUUUCGGCUAACCCCAAGUUUCAUAAAACGUAAUAACUGCUAUCAUGUUGGCUGAAGCCAGACGUUUGAUCCAAGGGGUGUAGUGGGGCAACCUGUAAAUUCUGCAUUGGUUUUUACCUGUUCUUCACUUGAAACUGAUUUUCAAACCAGUACAUGGAGUCCCGUAGGCGGUAUGACAUUUACACAAUGAAAAUUCCGGCAACUCCUGCAUGGCUAAUGGUGGCAGGCUGUAUCAUCCAUAUGGUGUGUUUCCUUGGGUUUUCCAGAUUCAGGGAGACAGGUAAUUUGUCAGGGAGACAGGUGAUUUGUCAGGGAGACAGGUGAUUUGUCAGGGAGACAGGUGAUUUGCCGUCUAGGGAACCAGCUUAUCCUCCUAAAGAAAAAAAUCCCAGGCCUUGUUAUUUCGUCCUGUCAAAUCUACGCCAUCCUGUGACGUACGGACUAACAAAAUAAAUAUAAAUAAAUGAAUAUCCUGCCUAUAAAAUUCACAAGUCUGCAAAUUUGGUUAAGCUUUGAAAUCUGAUAAUGUUUUUUAUAAUAAAAUUCCAUAUUUAAAAAAAAAUUGAAAUUCGGACUUUUUAAACUAAAAUUUGAUAUUUUUACAUUGAAAUCUUUCAUUUUUUUUAUAUUGAACUUUGAUAUUGAGAUUUUAAAAUUUUGAUAAUGAUAUGGGUUAUUGAAAUUUGAGAUUUUUUAUACUGAAAUUCUUACUGAUAUUGAAAUUUGGGGGAUGGGAGGAAAUCUAACUAUAAAUAAAGACAUUGUCUGUUAAUACAUUUUGAAAUGUUUAUCUAAAAAAAACAAACAGGUGGCGAUGGAAAAGCAGCUGACGAUGAAGAAGAUGCGGAUGACGCCACUGCAGAGCCUGGAGAUGAACCAGAUGCUGACGAAGACGCAGAAAAGCAAGAUGGAAAUCUUCAAGACGACGACGCUGAUGGCAAGGUGGAUGACCAAGAACAACCCCCAGAAGACGGGACCCCUGCAGGGGACGACGAUCAGGCUGGAAAUGCUGAAAACGAGGCCGACGGUCCACCAGACGAGAAUGCAGGAGUUUCACCUACGGCCGAUGAAGGUGGGUUUCAUUUAUGCUCUACAAUUAUUCUUACAUUGAAAUGUGUAACAAAUAACCAUCUACACCUAAUCGCUGAUUGCAUAAAUGGCAGGGUAGAGGCUCAGAAAAAGGGGCAUGUUUAUAAAAAUUAUUUUAUCGGAUAAUCCUCGGUACAGCAUUGAUUCAGUUUUAUAAUCUUUUUCAAAGAGUAAAAAAGAAAUUAAAACAAAAAUAUUUAUUAGGUUUUAAGAGUAAUUUUUAAACACAUAGCAAAGCGUGGACACAACACAUGUCACCACUACCGAUGUCAUAUUUACAAAUGCCGACACUACCCAUGUCAUAGCUACAAUGUCACCACUACCGAUGACAUACCUACAAAUGUCCCGACUGACGAUGUCAUAUUUACCAAUGCCAUCACUAACGAGUUCAUAAUUACAAAUACCACCAUUACAUAUGUCACAACUACAAAUGUCUCCACUACCGAUGUCAUAAUGACAAGUGCCACCACUACCGAACUCGUAAGAAAAUAUGCCACCAAUGCUGGCGCCACAACUCCACAUGCCGUCCCUACUGGUGCCCUAGCUUCAACUGUCACCCUCACCCUCACUGACUCCACCAGGAAGUUAUUUGGCGGAAGGAAUCCUUGUCUGACUAUUCACGUCUAAGAUUAAUUUAUUUAAACGUACUUUCGUUGAUAUGGCGCUCAUUUCAUUCAAACUUCUCAGAAAAAAAAAAAACAGCAACAUUUUCUUUUGUUUCUAACGGCAGGCUGGGGGAGAAUAUGAGGGGUUAGUUGGAUGUCUAGAUGUCGCGGGGUGGGUUGAAUAGAAACAAGAUGUUGCACGAUGAGAAAAAUUUAUUGGAACAAUUAAAAUUUUAAACAUUCAAUUCUUACUUUUUUCAAAAAUUAAACGGGAAGAGACGAAUGUAGUCUCAAUACAAAAAAAACAAAAAAAACAAAAAAAAAAAAAAAAAAAAAAAAAAACAAAAAAAAAAAACAAAAAAUAAAAAAAAAAAAAAAAAAAAAAAAAAAAAAAAAAAAAAAAAAAACAAACAGAAAAAAACAACCCAACAACUCCGCUUAGAUUUAUAUAAAAAUUUAAAAUGUUCAUAUAAGAGAAGAAUCGCUUCAUUUAUCCCACCCCAAUGCUAGUGCUGACUCCCCAACAGCUAUCCAACCAUUCAACAGAUUCCAAUCAUUUAACACCUAUCAUCCAUUCAAAAAAAUAUCAAUACAUAAACACAUUCCAACAUAUCAACACAUUCCAACAAUUCAACACAUUCCAACAAUUCAACGCAUUCAAACCACUCACACAUUCCGAUACUCAACACAUUCCAAGCCAUUCCAACCAAUAACACAUUCCUACCGUUCAACACAUUUCAACCAAUUAACACAUUUCAACCAAUUAACACAUUUCAACCAAAUAACACAUUUCAACCAAUUGACACAUUCCAACAACUAACACAUUCCAAACAAUCAACACAUUCCAACCAAACAACACAUUCCAACCAUUCGACUCGUUCGCCCACAGUAUAUUUCGCAUUUUUUUCUAUUUAUACUUGAUAUUUCCCAAUUUCUGAUCACUUCCACAGGCAGAGACCAGGAAGGCAAGACCUCUCCAACACAAGAUGGCGGCCCGCCCGAAGAGGAGGCAGGAGAGGAGGAUAUCGACAACCAGGGUGCUGCUGAUGAUGCUGGUGUGGGAGAUGAGGUUGCCGCUGAUGAUGGCGGUGUGGGGGAUGAGGGUGCCGGUGAUGAUGGUGGUGAGGAGGAUGAGGGAGUUGGAGACGAGGGUGCUGCUGUUGAUGACGAUGCUGGUGAGAAAGAAGAAGGUAACGUCACGUUCGGUCAAAUAAAUUCCACACAUCUGCUACAACCUGUGCUCACGUUUAGGUCAAUAAUUAUAAUUAUCUUUGACAAAAGGAUUUCCCAAAGAAACUGCCGCACUGGGAGGAGUGGGUCGCGUGCCGCAAGUGGGAUGUGUGUGCCACGAUUAGGAUGUGUGUGCUGCAACGGGGAUGUGUGCGUCGCCAGUGGGAUGUGUGUGCCGCCAGUUGGAUGUGUGUAUGUGUAUUUUUAAAGUAGAAUAUAGAUACAUUUCUAAAUAUCGCUAAAAAUACAGUUUUCCCCCAUACAUUUGAAAACAAUGGUAAAUCCGCUCACAAAAAAAUCAUGGUAUACCAAAAGGUAUAAUUAAUAUAGGCCAGUGGUCGGCAUAUCACGGCUCGCGAGCCGCAAUGCGGCUCUUGAGUGACCCGAGUGCGGCUCGGCCAGUGGGAAACAAAUCGGUUUUGACUCCAAAAAUCAUGGUUCUUGAUAGGUUCUUGAAAAGAAAUUUGGCUCUCAAACAAAUUUUAAUCGUCCUGCUGCUGAUUUGUCGGUUCUUUUGACAAAGUUUUGCGACCACUGAUCUAAGAGAUAGGGUAGCUACCACAUAGUGAUAAACGUAAAUAAAUAAAUAAUUAUUUAUGUUUCACACAAUUUGAGCGUUGCUUACAAACGCCCCUGUAAAUAUAAAUUCAAUUAACAAUUUUGGGUGGGCUGUUUACAUAUUGAACCAUCUAACACCAACAUGACAUUCAGUGUUUUAAAAUUUACUGUCAUUUACCGCAUCUUUUCAGAUAAAGUCAAUGGAGCACCAACGUUGACGGACGAGCAAAGAGCAAGUGAGUUCUAGUUUUGACCUUUUUACAAAGCAUUUGUUCGUUUGUUAAAAGUUAAAAAUAUAGAUUUCAUGACGAUAUCUUCAUGGGUGUAAACACUUGUAACGUAUUUGUUACGGCGUAGGUUUGCAAUAGGUGUAUGCUCCUCACCAGUAGACAUGACAAUGAUUGACUAUAAUUUUGUGACGUACGGCAAUGGGUUAACUAAGGUUAUAUAUACUGAUGGAUUUGAGAUUAUCUUUACAAACAUUUGCUUAGAAAGCUACCGUCUUAAACAGCAUUUCCUUAAAAAUGAUGUUAACUUACAUCAGUCGUCAUUAUUCCCUGUCGUGUUUAUUCUGAUUAAAGGGAUUUUUUUUUUUUUUCAAAUUUUAUUUUGGACACAAAAAUUCAAGUUACACAUUUAAUAUACAGUUUAAAACAAUAGGAACUCAGUUUGUCCCGAAUAACUGGUUGUAAAUAAAACAUUUUGUCCCGACUGACUGGUUGUAAUUAAAACAUUUUGUCUCGACUGACUGGUUGUAAUUAAAACAUUUUGUCCCGACUGACUGGUUGUAUUUAAAACAUUUUGUUCCGACUGACUGGUUGUAAUACAAAAAUAUCCUUACUACCCUGUCAAGAUCGUUCACUCAAUAUGUAAUUGUCACGAUGUAUCAGAUAUAAUAUAUCAAAGUGUUAUCCUGUUACUGUCAACAGGGUGUCGUCAGCUGUUUGACCGGCAGGCUGUCAAUGGACGGCUGGACAUCAAGGGUUUCAAGACCUUGUUCAGGCUCAUGGGAGAAGUUCUUUCAUCGAGUGAUGCCGAGCAGAUGUUUGAAGAGGGAGAUAAAGACGGUGAGUUUGUCUUGAGAUAAGUGAUGGCAGAUGGUGUGAAAAGGAUGUUUGCUGGUGAAGGUAUGGUCUGGUAAUCAUAUGGUCAGUUAUGGAUAGCAUUGUGAGGUAAGCAAUGCUUUGUCAGGUACGAAAGACAUGGUGAGAAUAGGAUAUGUUGGUAUGAUAACGAUAAAUGUGUGAUUUAUUGAUUUCCAUAUUAUUUACUCUACGUAUUUUUAACAGGACAAUGUAAAAUGUUUCCCAAAAGAUUUAAAUCUCAAUGUAUUUUUGUAUUGACACCCUCUUUCGGCUCUUCUUCCACACAUUAAAAGCCCCUAAAAGACCUACUUUAAAAGCCCCCAAAGGACGUACUUUAAAAGCCCCUAAAUGACGUACAUUAAAAGGCCCCAAAGGGCGUGCAUUAAAAGCCCUUAAAGGACGUACAUUAAAAUUCUCCAAAAGACACACAUUAAAAGCCCCCAAGGAAUACAUUAAAAGCCUCCAGCAGACGCACAUUAAAAGCCCCUAAAUGACGUACAUUAAAAGGCCCCAAAGGACGUACAUUAAAAGCCCUUAAAGGAAGUACACUAAAAAUCCUCCAAAAGACGUACUUUAAAAGCCCCAAACGACGUACUUUAAAAAAAACCAAAAGACAUACGUUAAAAGCCCCCAAAAGACGUACCUUAAAAGCCCCCGGAGGACAGACCUUUAAAAGCCGCAAAAGGCCUUCAUUAAAAUGCCCCAAAGGACGGUGUUUCAAUGAACGAUUUGAUAGUUCAUGUGAUUGUUUUGUCGUUUUUCUACCCCAGACAACGGCACGAUCGAGUUUGAUGAGUUCUCACGACUCUACGCUCUGUACAGCCAAGAGGAAGACACACGGAAACGGGCCAUGAUGGAAUCUAUUGAAAAACUCUUCCCAUCGAACGGCGAUCAGCAACUGGAGCUAAAGAAGGUGAGUUCUCCAUCCAACACGAGACUGUGGGGCGUAUAUGAGUCGAAAUGCCUGCCUCGGCCUCGCUAGCUUCUGCGAUCCAUAGCAAACUGGUACCCAUGAGUUCAGGUCUAUUCUAAUUGAUUCGAGGGGUAAUUUUAGUCAAACGUUAGGACAAAAUAAACUAUGUUAAAACAUAUGUGUGAGAGCACGUGUGGAAAGCUCGGAAGUUUGCUUAUCCCAGUUGCCCAUACUCCGCAUUAUAUAUUGCUCAAAAGUAAAUUUUCGGAUUUCUUUGUUCCCAGGUUGAGCAGGUGUUAUUGAAGCUCCAACACCCUGGUCUUGACCUGAGGCUGUCCAAGGAAAAGAGUGACCUAUGCCCUGAAGACAUCAAGUCUUUGGUUCGAGCAAUGGACGCAGACGGCAGCGGGAAAAUAUCAAAACAAGGUCAGUGUCGUGUCUGACAGUCCAGUACUUUGGCCAGGGUCAUGUCUAGCCGUCCAGUACUUUGGUCAGGGUCAUGUAUAGCCGUUCAGUACUUUGGUCAGGGUCAUGUAUAGCCAUCCAGUACUUUGGUCAGGGUCAUGUAUAGCCGUCCAGUACUUUGGUCAUGGUUAUGUAUAGCCAUCCAGUACUUUGCAAGAAAAUAAGUGUGACAGAGCCCUAUGUUAACAGCGUCAGAACAAUGGCUAAUUGCAAGCUUUGUCGGAGUGACUUACAGUGGCGCUGCUGGAGAACUUUGAUUGUCGGGUGCAGGCACAAUCCUUAUGUUACCCUACAAUGAUAGGACCCGUCCCCUUUUAAAAAACGUUUACAAGUUUUACUGUUACUGAAUGUCCACAAUUUUAUGGAAGCCUUCGACCGAUUCUUAAGUAGCUAUGUAUUGAUCAUCCAAUCAGGGAAUUCAGUGGUGGACAAACAUUUGAGUGUGAUGAGCCAGUCUGUGAUUUCAGUAUUACACAAACAUUUGAGUGUGAUGAGCCAGUCUGUGAUUUCAGUAUUACACAAACAUUUGAGUGUGAUGAGCCAGUCUGUGAUUUCAGUAUUAGACAAACAUUUGAGUGUGAUGAGCCAGUCUGUGAUUUCAGUAUUAGACAAACAUUUGAGUGUGAUGAGCCAGUCUGUGAUUUCAGUAUUAGACAAACAUUUGAGUGUGAUGAGUAAGUCAGUGACUUCAAGGUUAGACAAACAUUUGAGUGUGAUGAGCCAGUCUGUGAUUUCAGUAUUAGACAAACAUUUGAGUGUGAUGAGCCAGUCUGUGAUUUCAGUAUUAGACAAACAUUUGAGUGUGAUGAGCCAGUCUGUGAUUUCAGUAUUAGACAAACUUUUUGAGUGUGAUGAGCCAGUCUGUGAUUUCAGUAUUAGACAAACAUUUGAGUGUGAUGAGCCAGUCAGUGACUUCAGUGGUGGAAAAUUAUUUAGCGUGUUAAGUCAUUAAAAAAAAAAAUCUGCUACUGAAAUAAUUUAGGAGCCCCUUUCACAUUAGAAUAUGUAAAAUAAUACACAAAAAAUAAAUUAAUAAUCACAUUUAUUUCUUCUAAGAGCCACACGUGGCUACAGAGCUGCUGGUUGCCGACCACCGGGUUCUUUGACUCAAUGAACACUGCAUUAUGGUAGAUCUGUAGAUCUCGACUGUUUGAGUAUAUAUCAGUAAUCAAAAACUAUCCAAUAAUAUUAACCUUGACAUCUCAAAAUAAAUUUUCUCUCUUUCAGAAUUCGUUGACACACUUUGCCAGCACAUCGAAGGUUAACAUCAAGGUCAUCAUAAAGUUAGGCGCAUUCAAAUUUAUGGUCCCUGCUGACAGUCCAUCUUGUGCAAAGCUCUGUCUGAAAUCCUAAAAAAAUGCAAAAUUUUAAGUCACCUUAUUCAUCUCGUUUGGAAAAAAAUAUCUGCUUUAAAAGUUGAAUUCUUUUUUUUUGGAAUACGCAAAAUAUUUUAAAUUUUUAAACUAUUUUAAUUUUUACAUUUUGGACGGUUCUAGUUCAAAUAUAAAUUAUUUCUAUGAAAUCAUAAUUCAAGUUUAUCAAUCAGUAUUUCCCUGUGAUUUUGUUUUUGACAUUCCUAUAGAACUGCCCUGUAUUAAUUAAGAUUCUUAGUAUACUGUAAACAUAUGGGUUAAGUUGUCUAACGUCUUCUGUCAAUGUCAGGGAUGCAAUGGUUUGGAAUGUGACAUUUUGUCAACAUGUUUAUACGGUGUUUAUUAUCAUUUCAAGUCUGUAUAUUGUAUAUAUAAUAAAAUCUGUGAUACAUGUUAAGAUUUAAAAACAAAAAAGAAAAUAACAAAAACCUAUUCAUACACACCAUCCAGAGACAAUGGAUUAACAUAUACUAGACUCCAGCUCAUCCAGAGACAAUGGAUGAACAUAUACUAGACUCCAGCUCUUCCAGAGACAAUGGAUGAACAUAUACUAGACUCCAGCUCUUCCAGAGACAAUGGAUGAACAU